AUGUCCACCGAAAACCGCCCAGAGAUUCUCCUUCUUUCCCUCGCUUACCUGGACUUUCUGGACGAUACCUACUCAUCACUGCUCAACAACUUAGCCAAGUCCGCCCGGGUGAAGCGUGUGAAGACGGCGAACGCGGCACUUCGCUAUCUGGAUGACAACAAUCCCAAGGCCAUUAUCGUCACAGACCAAGGCUUGACUGACUGCCGCCACCAUGAAGUACUCCGAAAAGUACAAACAUACAUCCAUUAUGGUGGCCUUGCGAUUAUCGGCCUUCAUUUUCCCAACUUUGUAACAUGGGACGUCUUGGACAGCUUCUUUGCCUCUGGCUUUGGGUUACCUUGGAAACACGGCGAUUAUACCCGCAAUGACUUUGAGGUCAAUCCAUCCUGUGUCUUGCCUCAGGGUGUGAAGUCGUCUUCGUUACCUGCGCUACCUUACACGAAGGUCCUCCAUGUCAAGGGGGCUCGGCUCCAUGAGAGGAUCUUGGUUCCAGUUACGUAUCCUGAGACUGAGUCGCUUGGCUCACGUCAGGGAAUCCGCGAAGAGGAAAGCGAGGACGAAAUACAGGCAGCAGUGACCGGAGCGCAGCUUGGAAGUGGGUAUUUAGUCUACUACGGAAAUGUUAAUCCGGAAGAAGCCGUAGAUAGGAUUAUCUUGUCCCUAUGCGGUCUUCAGGUAUAA